CUCCAAAGCAAGCAGACUCCCUAAAAACCUCAAAACCCUCACACUACAGCAAACACACAGCCUCCAUUUCCCCUCGCUGGGACCUUCCAAAACGGUGUCGCACAACCGAUACCAGAAACCCUAGAAAAUCACAGAGAGAGAGAGAGAGAGAGAGAGACACACACACACACACACUAGAGAAUUGUAGCGAGGCAGGCAGAAAAGGUCAGACGACAUGUCGCAGUCACUGGAGCUGUUGCUGAUACAAUUCUUGAUGCCGGACAACGACGCUCGGCGGCAAGCAGAGGACCAGAUAAAGCGGCUGGCUAAAGACCCUCAGGUAGUUCCUGCGCUGGUACAGCACCUGCGCACCGCCAAAACUCCGAAUGUGAGACAAUUGGCGGCUGUGCUUCUGAGGAAGAAGAUCACAGGACACUGGGCCAAGCUCUCUCCUCAGAUUAAGCACCUCGUUAAGCAGUCCCUCAUUGAGAGCAUCACCAUGGAGCACAGCCCUCCAGUGAGGCGUGCGAGUGCCAACGUGGUUAGCAUUGUUGCAAAAUAUGCUGUCCCGGCUGGAGAAUGGCCGGAUUUGCUGCCCUUUCUGUUUCAAUGCAGUCAGAGUGCACAAGAGGAACAUAGAGAGGUGGCAUUGAUCCUUUUCAGCUCUUUGACUGAAACAAUAGGGAAUACAUUUCGACCACAUUUCGCAGAUUUGCAAGCUCUUCUUCUGAAAUGCUUGCAGGAUGAGACGAGCACCCGUGUCAGAGUUGCUGCACUCAAGGCAGUGGGGUCUUUUCUGGAAUUCACUCAUGAUGGGGAUGAAGUGGUCAAGUUUCGAGAAUUCAUUCCUAGCAUCUUAAAUGUAUCAAGGCAGUGCCUUGCAGCUGGCGAGGAAGAUGUCGCUGUUAUUGCUUUUGAAAUUUUUGAUGAGUUGAUUGAAUCUCCUGCACCUCUUCUUGGGGAAUCUGUUAAAUCCAUUGUGCAAUUCUCUCUUGACGUUUGCUCAAGUCAAAGUUUGGAAUCUAAUACACGUCACCAGGCAAUUCAGAUAGUUUCGUGGCUAGCGAAGUAUAAAUCCAGUUCCCUCAAAAAGCAUAAGUUGGUCAUCCCUAUUCUGCAAGUUAUGUGCCCAUUGCUUGCAGAAUCGAAUAAUGAAGAUAAAGAUGAUGAUCUUGCUCCAGAUCGAGCUGCUGCAGAAGUUAUUGACACUAUGGCUUUGAACAUACCAAAGCAUGUUUUCCACCCUGUUUUAGAAUUUUCUUCUCUAAGCAGUCAGAAUGCAAAUCCAAAAUAUCGGGAAGCUUCUGUUACUGCUUUAGGUGUCAUUUCAGAGGGUUGUUUGGAAUUGAUAAAAGAUAAGUUGGAUCCAGUUCUUCAUAUUGUUUUAGGCGCUUUGAGAGAUCCUGAGGAAAUGGUCAGAGGGGCUGCGUCAUUUGCAUUGGGUCAGUUUGCUGAGCAUUUGCAGCCUGAAAUUGUCUCUCACUAUCAAAGUGUACUUCCCUGCAUUUUGAAUGCCCUUGAGGACACAUCUGACGAAGUGAAGGAAAAGUCAUAUUAUGCUUUGGCAGCAUUUUGCGAGAACAUGGGUGAGGAAAUUCUUCCUUUCCUUAAUCCGUUGAUGGGAAAACUACUGGGGGCCCUUCAGAAUAGCCCUCGUAAUUUGCAGGAGACAUGCAUGUCUGCGAUUGGUUCAGUUGCAUCUGCUGCUGAACAGGCAUUCGUUCCAUAUGCUGAAAGGGUUUUGGAGUUGAUGAAAAAUUUCUUGGUUCUUACUAAUGAUGUGGAUCUUCGUUCACGAGCAAGAGCUACUGAAUUAGUUGGAAUAGUUGCAAUGUCUGUGGGGAGAACUGGGAUGGAACCGAUUUUACCCCCAUACAUAGAAGCUGCAAUUUCUGGUUUUGGAUUGGAGUACAGUGAGCUUCGGGAGUAUACUCAUGGAUUCUUUAGUAAUGUGGCAGAAAUUUUGGAUGAUGGCUUUAUACAGUAUCUUCCUCAUGUUGUACCCCUCGCAUUUUCUUCCUGCAAUCUUGAUGAUGGAUCUGCAGUGGACAUCGAUGAGUCUGAUGACGAAAAUAUAAAUGGUGUUGGUGGAGUUUCAUCUGAUGAUGAAGCUCAUGAUGAGCCCAGAGUCCGAAAUAUCAGCAUAAGAACAGGUGUUUUAGAUGAGAAGGCAGCUGCAACUCAAGCUCUUGGCUUAUUUGCACUACAUACGAAGACCUCAUAUGGACCCUAUUUGGAGGAAUCAUUUAAGAUUCUAGUACGGCACUCAGGGUAUUUUCAUGAAGAUGUUCGGCUUCAGGCAAUCAUCUCUCUGAAACAUAUUUUAGUAGCAGCGCAGGCAGUUUACCAGAAUCAUAGUGAAGGACAAGCAAGGGCUAAGGAAGUUCUAGAUACUGUGAUGAAUAUAUUUAUCAAGACUAUGGCUGAAGAUGAUGACAAGGAAGUUGUUGCUCAAGCUUGUAUGAGCCUUGCUGACAUAAUCAAGGAUUAUGGAUAUAUGGCUGUUGAGCCUUAUGUGCCUCGGCUUGUUGAUGCUACUCUGGUACUGCUUCGGGAGGAAUCAGCUUGUCAGCUGACAGCAUCCGAUGAGGAAAUUGAUGAUGAUGAUGUUGUACAUGAUGAAGAACUGAUGGACGCAGUUUCUGACCUUCUUCCUGCUUUUGCAAAGUCAAUGGGUCCUCAUUUUGCACCUAUAUUUGCUACGCUAUUUGAACCUUUAAUGAAAUUCGCGAGAGCUUCGCGCCCACUGCAAGAUCGGACAAUGGUUGUUGCCUGCCUUGCUGAAGUUGCUCAGGACAUGGGUGCUCCAAUUGCUGGAUAUAUCGACAGGGUGAUGCCCUUAGUACUCAAAGAAUUAGCAUCAUCAGACGCAACCAAUAGGAGGAAUGCUGCAUUUUGUGUUGGAGAGUUGUGCAAAAAUGGGGGUGAGGGGACAUUGAAAUAUUAUGGUGAUAUACUGCGUGGACUUUACCCGCUAUUUGGAGAAUCUGAGCCAGAUGAUGCUGUUAGGGAUAAUGCAGCCGGUGCAGUGGCAAGAAUGAUAAUGGUGCACCCUGAAUCCAUCCCAUUAAAUCAGGUACUUCCUGUUUUCUUGAAGGUUCUUCCAUUAAAAGAAGAUCAUGAAGAGUCUAUGGCAGUAUAUAGUUGCGUCUCAACUCUUGUUUUAUCAUCUAAUGGCCAGAUUCUUUCUCUAGUCCCCGAUUUGGUUAAUGUAUUUGCUCAAGUUGUGGCAUCACCACUUGAAACUCCUGAAGUAAAAGCACAAAUAGGCAGAGCUUUUUCUCACCUGGUUUCACUGUAUGGCCAUCAAAUGCAGCCCCUUUUGAGCAACCUCUCCCCUGCGCAUGCAAAUGCCCUAGCUGCAUUUGCUCCAAAAAGCUGAUUCAGAGUGAGCCAGUGACUUGACUUCUCGUUGCAUUUGCUACAAGAAGCUUUCUGAUUGAGCCCGUGAUUGUGGUUCUUCUCCAUUGGUUUUUUGUUUGAUUUUGUUGCUGAGAUUUUUUCCAAUCCAAAGGCUGGUAUGUUAUUCCCAUGUUUUAGCUGGGAUGGCUGAAUCCUGGGAGGAGGGCAUCAUCCUGUAAGGUGAUCCACCUUCCAGUACUACCUCCAUUUUUCAAGGCUGGAGAUACAUGCUUUUUUCUUCCUCUAUUCAUUUGUUUCUUUUGUUUCCAAUAGUAUUCCUUUUCCCCCCUCAAUUUCUGGGUAUAUUCAGCGGUCAUGUGGAUUUUUGUUUUUUUUUUUGUUUUUGUUUGUAAUAUUUGUUUUAAGAGAUUGAGGUUGUGCCCUUGUGGGUUUUAUUAUAGGUUUGAAAAUUUCACCUUACCCUUCAUAGAAUUAGUGAAAGAUGACGUGUACCCGCAUUGUGUUGUGUAUAACAGCUUGUCUGUAAGUUUUUGCUUGCAGAAUUAAAUUGCCGAUGUUAAUUCUAA